CAUACUUGACAGCAGUCUUUACAGCGAGCCGGUGGUAACUGAAAGAAUCUGGCUCACACAUCGGACUGGACAGCGAGUCAGUCACUCCGUGACGGGAAAUACUCGUGGAUCCAGCCGCUGAGAGCACAAGUAUCCAGCCUUCAUUUCAGCGGGAACAGAGACUUUUAUCGGCAGUGAAAACAGGAUAUUACAAUGAUGGCAGUCCUGGGCAGCGCCGGUCGCUUGAUCCAAUUUGCCAGGAACAGCGUGAGUCUGAGUGUAAGGAGACGCUCCACUGCCGCUGCUUUAGCCCACACUGCGACUCCAGAAACACAGGAGAACAGGAAACCUAAGACAGGCAUCUUGAUGCUGAACAUGGGAGGACCCGAGAAAUUGGAAGACGUUUACGACUUCCUUCUGCGGCUCUUCAUGGACACAGACCUGAUGAAACUCCCUGUACAGAAUAAGCUCGGUCCGUUCAUUGCCAAGCGUCGCACACCAAAGAUCCAGGAGCAGUACAGUAAGAUCGGAGGAGGCUCGCCCAUCAAACACUGGACCUCCAUGCAGGGGGAGGGCAUGGUGAAGCUGCUGGAUGAGAUGAGUCCUGAGACAGCUCCUCACAAGUUCUACAUUGGUUUCCGGUAUGUUCACCCGCUGACGGAGGAAGCCAUCGAGGAGAUGGAGAAAGACGGAGUGGAGAGAGCCGUGGCCUUCACACAGUAUCCUCAGUACAGCUGCUCCACCACAGGCAGCAGUCUGAACGCCAUCUACCGUUACUACAGCAACAGAGGCGAUAGGCCAAAAAUGAGCUGGAGUGUCAUCGACCGCUGGCCCACACACCCUCUGCUGGUGGAGUGUUUUGCAGAACACAUCAGCAACGAGCUGCUGAAGUUUCCAGAAGAAAAGAGAGAUGACGUUGUCAUUCUGUUCUCAGCACACUCACUCCCUAUGGCUGUUGUAAACAGAGGUGACCCAUAUCCUCAGGAAGUGGGAGCCACAGUUCAGAGAGUCAUGGAGAGACUUGGACACUGUAACCCUUAUAGACUGGUGUGGCAGUCCAGGGUGGGGCCCAUGCCGUGGCUUGGCCCCCAGACGGACGAGGUGAUUAAAGGUCUGUGUGAACGAGGGAAGAAGAACAUCCUGCUGGUGCCCAUCGCCUUCACCUCUGACCACAUAGAGACUUUACACGAGCUAGACAUUGAGUAUGGACAGGUGCUGGGGGAGGAGUGUGGGGUGGAGAACAUCAGGAGAGCAGAGUCGUUGAAUGGGAACCCUCUCUUUAUGAAGGCUCUGGCAGACCUGGUCCAGUCCCACCUAAAGUCCAACAAGCCCUGUUCCUGCCAGCUCACCCUCCGCUGCCCGCUGUGCACCAACCCCACCUGUGGAGAGACCAAGGCCUUCUUCGCCAGCCAGACACUCUCAUAGAAACACACACACACACACACACACUCUGGUGCCGUUCCUGCAGCACUGCUACCUGUGAAGAAACUUAAGGCCUUCUUCAAUAAACCGAAGACUCAUACAAACACAUAAACACACACCGUCUCUCCAGCAAGAGUGUCAGUGACAUAAAAAAAACGUGACAGGAAGAACUGGCUAGAUGGUUUCUGCGAAUACAUUUUGAUGUUUGUUUUAUUGUACCUGCAUGUCCGACGGGAAGAGUUUAACCACAGCAAGCGCUUUACUUUAUGGGAAAAAUAACUUCCGGGCAGAACAUGUGUGACACUGAAUCACAAAUUUGCAUUUUGUAAAUCAUGCUUUAAUAAUCAGAGGAAUAGGCUAUAUUAAGAUUUGGAUACAAUAUCAUUUCUUGUUGAUUUUGACCUUUUCAUGGGAUUUGUAGACAAUAAGAAAAAACAGACUUGUCCUUUUAAAUGGAUCAGUGAACUCCAAAAUUUGACAGAUUGAGAAUAUUGAAUAGCUUUUUAAUUUACUAUAUGAUUUCCUAAAUAGUCUUGAUUCUGUAAAUACCGAAAAACAAAUGCCCAUGUAAGGACUUGCAGAUACCAUUUGGCGAAAGUCUGUGCAGAUAAAAGAAUUGACACUGCAGAAAUUGCUCACAUCACAUCAAAGCUCCAGGAAAAAAAGCCUUGCACUAGUUUUUUUUGUUGUUGUUGUGUUAUUACAGCUCCCUUGCUUACAUUCCAUUCACUUAGCCCCCGCAAACCCCACCAGAGACCAUGUUUCUCGGCCAUGACGACCACACCAGACACAAGGGAUCUGGUUGGUUGGCUGUAUCUCUCCCCCGCCUUCUCACCUGUCGCUUCAUGCCAUUGGCCCACCAUCUAGUAACCCCGCCCAUCCUGCUGCAAUCCUUACAAUGUUUUUGGAGGAGGUUGGUGCUCCUGAAAACGCUGCUGCCUGAUUGGUAGACACCACCAAAAAGAGUGAUUUAGAAGGAAUUGUGCGGCUACUUUAGGGAUUCAAGAGAUUAACUUUUGCUGUGUCAUGACAGGAAGAUUAAAAGUUAAGUAAAAAAAAAAAAUAAGUGUCAGUUAUUGUAUUAAUCCUGAAUCUAUUCUAUUUUGGUGCUGUACAUAGGUACAAAGAGCUUAAAAAGGACAUUGCGUUUCUAGAAGAAACCUGAGUGCAGCUGUAGUCCAUCUAAGAUAAAAAAAAUAAAUAAAACAACUGUCUGGUGUCGGGACCUCUCAGGGUGUCAUGAAAUAAUUUUGGGGGUGUUGUGAGAUGAUUUAUAAGCUAGGAGAAAUAUGUUAUACAAAUUCAUUAACAUGUUUAUUUUUAUACUCUGUUUUAUUGUUUUGUUUUUUUUCCUGCUGAAAUAUUGACAGGUUUGGGCCUCUCUGCUUCCACUGAUGAUAAAUCAAAGUCUGAAAAUGGAGCUGUUCUUUACAUGUGCAGCCUAUGAGGUAGUUGUUGCAUGCACAAAAAACAGACGAAAUUCUUCAUUUUGAGAGAGACUGGUUCAGUAAAUCCAUAUAAACAAGGCUGAUUAAAGAGGAGAAGGUAAAUAAGUAGCUGAGUUAUAACCAACUGAGUUACGUUUUGCAGUAAAAUAAGAUUAACAUAAGGUUUUACAGAAAUUAAUUCAGGCUAUUAAGUGCGCCCUUGAUGCGGAAAAACACAUAGGAACAAAUGCUACUGGUUAUAAAAAUCCAUAUAAACGCUACAGUAGUUUUUUUUUCUAAAUGAAUGAUGACAGUCUCCAAUUUUGCAGUGCUCGGGAUUAAAGUAAAUUAUUAAUCACUGUGUAACAAAAUAAGUUACACUACUAGCUUCUACUUAUUGAGUAGAAUACAAACUAAACAGUGCGAUGGGUCCUCACAAAUGUUGUAAAGGGGCAGACAGCUUAAAGCAAUAAUAGUUGAUAGCUAAUGCUAUGUGGAAGGGACAACAAAGCUUUGUAUUAAUGUUUGUAGGCUAUACAGUAUGACGUUCUCCAGUCAGUAGUGCACCAUGGAAGUUGACAGGGUGUCUCAGAUGUCAUGCUGUUGGAAACGCCCACAUAGAGGCUUAUAUGCUGUUUCAACAAAUAUGUCCGAAAAAAUAUGGAAGUGAAGGCUGCAUAUUUGGAAUUUCUUGACGGUGAUAUUUGGUGCAAGAGAGCACUCUUGACUUUCCCAUCAGUCCCCACUGACAUGGAUGAUUUAUUUUUAGGUUGCAGAUUGUUAAACUGCGUGAGCGAUUUCAAAACCUGACAGCAUGAGUUUCCUCAUAAAAUGUUUUCCCUGUCAACCUGCCCGUGGUGACAUCUGUAGUUUCCUCUUUGAAUCCUCUCUAAUUACUUAAUAAAUCACUAAGCCGCUGAACUAAUUAUGUGUAGAUACUACUUUUCAUUACCAAUACUGAUCUAAUACUUUGAUUCAUCAAUAUUAGAAUGUAUUGAUUUUGUAACAUAUUUAGCAAUUAGCGGAGGCCUUUUGUGAAGCGCUUUGAGUAGUCGGAAGACUAGAAAGGCGCUACAGUCAAAGUGCAGUCCAUUUACAUUUUCUGUUCCAUUACUGUGAGCACACUGUAUAGGCCAUACAGUUUCAGUUUGAGGCGAGAAGACAAGAUGUUUUUACAUUUAAUUCAUAUGUCGCAUGUGAUAAGAGCAGAAAAUAGUCACUUUUGAGGGACUGCAGGAAAAACAGCAUAAAACUACUAUGACGCUGGAAUUGUUCUUCAGUAGCAAGAUGCAGUAUGUAUUCUUAAAAACGACAGUGUAGUGAAGUAGCACAGAUGUGUCAAAAAUUAUAGACGUUGAGUGUAGGAUAAGAGUUUAGCUUUAAUGUCGACUGACUUCGACUUCUGUCUGCGUAAACCUCAAAUCAGUUUAUUUUUUUGUUUUGUCCACUCACACCUCACAGUGAGUGGACAGUGCACAGAUCACAGUGCAAUUUUGUUUCACCGUCAAGUACUAUAGCUCCAGAAAAUGUCUUGAAGGUCGCAGGUUUGAUCCCAUCUCCCUAAAUGUCAAAAUAAAACUUUAGACUUUUUAUGGGUUGUAACUUGACAUUUGACCUCUGACCCUGUUUCCCCUCUACUGUUUUUGUCCUGUUAUGCCAUGAUAAUGUGCGUUUUACACCGGACUUGUGCUUUAUGUUAUUUUUUUACGUGUGCUUAACCAAAAUCCUGUAAUGAAAAAUCCACCCUGAAAUCUGAAUUUACAUGUUCUUGCUCUGAUCUGGGCCAUUGACAGCUCUCUCCCUGUAUUGAAAUCCAGAAAAAAAUAUCCUGACUGAGGUGUUUUAUAUUCCUGCCAUAAAUUAACUCCGAACUGUACAACUUUAGCCUGCGACCUAAUCCACUGACAACGAGCUAACUAGAGCUAAGUUGCACUUUUCGGCCGCUCAGUGUGCGUCUCUUUCUUUUCACCAGGUAUGACUAAUGUUAACUGUGGCAGCCUGCACACCACAACUGUGCUGAUAGAAAGAAAGAUAUCAGGAAUUUCUGAUAGUUACAAUAUCAAUAUUUUCCCUUUUCCUUCAGUUCUGCUGAUAUGGGGCAAAUACAGCAUAACACUACCUUGCUAGCUUGUUAGCUCGCUUGCUAGGUAACCAACUAACUCUGUAUUAUAGUGCUUACUCUCUAACUAGUUAUCUCAUACAGGAUGAUGUCAAUACAAGAUGGGUGCUGGCUUCUUGACUUUGCGCUUGAAGUUGUUGUUCAAAACCAGAAAAGCGGAACCUCAAACCAGUAAUAUCUCUUAUUGCUUGAAGACAUUUGAGGCCAUUAGCAUUUCACUUUGGGAGAAGCUUGUCACUAACACUCAGAUCAGCCUUUCCAGUCAGUUCAGACAGUAUACACAAAACCUACAGAGACAGACAUUGGUGCUUUUGGACGUGGUUGCCAUUGAUUACCAACGAGAAGUCACCAUAUCGGAAGAUAGAUGUUUUAAAGGUCCAGUAUGUAGGAUUUAGUGGCAUCUAGCGGUGAAAUUGCAGUUUGCAACCAUUUGCAUACCGCUCACAUCACCCUCCCCUUCCAAGCGUGCAGGAGAAACUACGGUGGCCGCGAAAUUCGCGAAAAACGCAUACGGCCCUAUUUAGAGCCAGUGUUGUGUUUUGUCCUAUCUGGGCUACUCUAGAAACAUGGCGGUGCAACAUGGCGACCUCUGUGGAAGGGGACCCACUCCCUAUGUAGAUAAAAACAGCUUAUUCUAAGGUAAUGAAAACACAAUUCUUAUUUUCAGGUUUUACUGAAUCCACUAAUUAAAUCACACUUAUAAAUAUUAAAUUCCAUUUCUGCCAAUAGCUCCUCCUAAAUGUUACAUACUGGACCUUUAAGUCGUCUUCUCUUCAUGUGUUGCUUCAUCUGACGUCCUACCAGCACUUAAACCAACUUUAUAUUUUACUUAGUCACUCUUUGAACAUGGUGACACAUUGUAACUAGGCUUGAGGGGUAUCUGUUUUUUCAUAUCUUCAUACUUCCUGACAUUUCACCAGGGUAUAUGGUAUAUGACGUAUAUGUGUAAAACAUGUUUUUUUAAAAACAACGUGAAAGCUAAGCUGCUGUUGAUAGAAGUCAUUGUGUAGCAUGUAUGACACUGUCUAGCCUACAUUGUUGUGUCUAAUAUGCAAUUAGCCUACUUAGUGCUGUACCGAAUGUAAUUUUUUUUACAUUUGAAGCAUCUAUUGAAAUUUCGAAUGAAGCUUUGAAUGUCGUCAUAUUUUAUGAUGUCAUCCCUUUAAAAAAAAAUGAAAAACCCCCAAAAAUGAUUAAUCAGAUUAAAUGAGUUAGUCUUUUUUUAUUCAAUCAAUUUUCUUUAAUGAAUAUAACUGGUCUGUUAUGGUGCUGUUAGACUUACUGCUAGACCGCCCCGUUAAUAUGGGUGCAUGCCUCCCUUUAAGUGUGGCAAGCGGGAGAGCAAACAGUUUUUUGACCGCAGUGAAAAUGUUGUUUUUGAAAGGCUGAACAACAACAGAUAUGGAUUGAAGCAGAAUAUUUCGUUAGAUAAAAACAUGUUGUGAAUUUUGGAAAUGAUUACAUAUCUUUUUUUUUUUGGCCGAUUUGUCAAUUUAUUUUGCUAAUUUAAUGGUCUGCCUCAGCACAGACUCUCGUUCAGCGAGCUAACCCACUAGCACAGGCAGAAAUAAAGAUGUUUGCAGCCUGGUACAAAAAUGGCUACGGUUAAUUGUACCAACAGACCAUCCAAGAAGUCUGUGCUCCAGUUUAUUUGGUGAGUGAAAUUCUAGUGUUUUAUUUAUGUUAGAUAUAAUUAGCAGGUAUCAGUGUGUGCACUCACCAUACAUGGCUUGUUUUAAUUAGCCAGCUAAUGAUUUAGCCUUGGGUUAUUUUUUGAGCAAGACGCCCAGCUGUGCUAACGAUACUAACAGGAGCGUAUGUUAGCCACAGUUAUUAAGCUGGCAUGCACCAAAGUCAAAAUAGAGAAGUAUUAGAAUUUAGGGUGAUGAUACUUUUGAACAAAUGGUGUCUGUGCGAGGUUUGAAAAUAAAAGCCCACCUCUUUAGUUAGCUAACGUUAUGCACUGUUAACAUUAAACUUACCACACGGGCAAUGUAACGUUAAUGCUAGACUUGGCUAGGUGAUGUAACUGUAACUGAGCGUAUUUUUGACGGUACUGAAAAUCAUACCUUUGGAAUUUCUAAAUACCCUGGUAUACCGUAAGACCUUGAUACUGCCUAAGCCUAGUUGUAACCACUGGUAAUUGCCAACAAUGCUUGCAUAAAUUGUACAGUUGUUUUAGUUGGUACAUUUUUCUGCUUCCACUGUGUAAUGCAUGCAGCAAUGCACUUUACAACACAUAUUCAAUUCAAUACAAACAGCGUUACUUUGUGCUUUCAGUGCUCUUCCUACAGGUUUGAAAGGGAUGGUUUUCUUUUUGAGGAAUAUUUACUUAAAUACCCAAAUUAAGACAAACUCAACGACUCUGUUUUAUGUUGCUAUACAUGCGUAUCUGAAGGUAUGUUAAAUGGUGACAUUUGCAUAGCUUAGCUCAAUUACUGUAUGUCAGGGGGCUCAAGUGGCAGCUCAGCUUUAAAGGAACUUUAAAGGAGUAUUUCUCUACUAUUGUGCUGAGCUACUAGCUGAUCCCACUGUCAUUAAGCAAUUGAACUAAGCUAAUCUCGUUGUUAUAUGAUAUCUUCAAACUGUAUAUUGGUAUCAGUAAGACAAAAGUAAAAUUCCUCUAAAAACCAAACUAUCACUUGGAGAAAAGUCCAAUUUGUGCAGAAAUGUCUAAAUGUUUAGGUCACUGCAGUAAGAUGUGCUAAUGUCUGCGAUUGAUGGGUUUUUCCUCCACCAACAUGUUUUAUGAUUUAUUUUUAAUUAUCCUCUGUGUGUCAGUUUUGACAACUCUGUAUUUUGGUGUGUGUUUAGCUGAAAAUACAUUGUGCUCAACUCAGUUGCAGCUCCAGUUUUUUUGUUUGAAUAUUUUUUUUUUAUUUUUUUUUUUACGUGUAACUUUUUUAAAUAUAUAUUUGGGAGACAUGGUAUUAACAGUGCGAUUACACAUGACAAAAAGUCUUCCUUCAAAAUACAACACAAUAAAACAACUGGCGACUGGG